AUGAAGACACUCACGCCCAGCUGGGCAGCCCGAAGCAUGGCUGGCCUCCUGGCACUGCCACUGCUACCAGUGCAAGCCUCCGUUGAGAACCCAAGCUUAGCCCCAGCACCUCCAAUGGGGUUCAACAACUGGGCACGCUUUAUGUGCGAUCUGAACGAAACGCUUUUCACCGAAACAGCACAGGCAAUGCUAGACCGUGGUCUCCUCGACGUAGGCUAUGACCGUCUUACGCUGGACGACUGCUGGAUGACCCACGACCGUGCCGAUGACGGCUCCCUCCAGUGGGACACCGAAAAGUUCCCGCAUGGGAUCCCCUGGCUCGCCAAGUACAUGAAUAGCAAGGGCUUCCAACUCGGCAUCUACGAAGAUUCCGGGAACUUGACUUGCGGCGGCUACCCAGGCUCUUACAAAUACGAGGAGCAGGAUGCUAAACUGUUCGCUAGCUGGGGCAUCGAUUACCUUAAGCUGGACGGAUGCAAUGUCUGGGGGAGGAAGGCCGCUCGCUGCGCGAAGAGUACCCCGCUUAUAUUUUCCAAUUCCGCGCCCGCAUAUUUCGAAGGCGAACCGGGAGACUGGGCGGUCGUUAUGAAUUGGGUCCCAGAGUCCGGCGAGUUGGCGCGUCACUCGGCGGAUGUGAUUAACUAUGCCGUGGAUGGCAAUGCCUGGGAUAGCAUUAUGUAUAACUACGACUUCCACGCGCGUCUAGUGCGUUACCAGCAACCGGGCUACUAUAAUGAUCCCGACUUCUUGAUCCCAGACCACCCGAACCUAUCGAUGAACGAGAAGAAAUCCCAGUUUGCAGUCUGGGCCUCCAUUGGUGCGCCACUGAUUCUCAGCGCUUACGUCCCCGAUCUCUCAGAUGAGGAGAUUGCAUUCCUGAGCAACAAGGCUCUCAUCGCCGUGAACAAGGACCCCUUGGCACAGCAAUCUGCCCUUGUUAGCCGUGAUGGCACCUUUGACGUCUUGACCCGCUCCCUGGAGAACGGAGACAGACUCCUGACCGUGCUGAACCGCGGAGCUGAUACAGCCACCACGACCGUUUCCCUUGCGCGUCUCGGUCUGUCGUCGAAGUCUUGCAAGUAUGAGGCCCGUGACCUUGUCACCGACGAAGUCUCAACUAUCGACUCUGCUAUUAAAGUCCAGCUCGAUACCCAUGCUGCCAAGGUCUACCGUAUUGCGCUGCCCAAAGAGUGCUCCAAGACCACCCCUACCGCGAUGGUUUUCAACACGCCGUCUGACCUUUGCAUGACUGCUUCUACUGAUUCUGUUACCUUUGAGAAAUGCAGUGGCUCAGACUCCCAGGUCUGGCACGUGGCCGCAACAGGCCAUGACACUAAGCUAACUUUGAGUCCUCUAUCGGAUGAUUCGCUUUGUCUAGCUGCUGGAGAUGGGCUUUCGCUUGCCAAGUGUGAUGGUGGAGACGGUACUGACUGGGAUCACUAUAUUUCGGGUCAUUUGCGUAGUUCCUCUGGAAAGUGUUUGACUCAGACCAAGGAAAAGGGCAGUGUCGAAGCAUGUGUGAUUGAUAGUGUUGGGCAGAUCUUUGGAUUGCCAAGUGGAGUCCGUCUCGCCAAGGGAAAUUUGAGCUAG